CGGAGCCUCUGCUCAGGUAGGCGGAAGGUUACGCCUGUGUGUCCCGCAGGUAAGCGGCAGUUGAGGAAGUCAACGAACCAAAGCUGUCAGAAAUGACUUAAUACAACUUGUACACUAAUAUGAUCUGAGGGGACAUAAAAGCCACCAUGCCGAACUUAGGAGUAUGCUGUGCCAACCUCAAGGACAACAAAGCCCUGAUGAAGAUGGGGUUGGGGCUGGUGCUGGUGGGCCACGUCAACUUUCUUCUUGGCGCUCUGGUGCAUGGUGCUGUGCUCAGACACAUCAACGUGCACACUCAGGCCCGGACCAUGGUGUACGCCAUCUCUAAUGUGAUCGCUAUUGUGGCAGGCCUGGUUGGAAUUACUGUUGGAAUAACUGCCAUUGUCCUGUCCAAAAACAAGCGAAACAGGAUCUUGCAGUGGGUCUUGUUGGUGUUGAGCUUCCUGGCAGGCCUCCUGGCAGUCGCCUCCACCGUGGCCUUAUUAGUUUCUAUGGUAAAAGCGAUAAGCAACAAAGGAUGGGGCCUGCUUACACACUGUACGUUUUCUGAUCCUGGUGUCGGCUCCUCCAGCAUCACAUAUGAAUGCCCCUUCGACCCCACACGUAUCUAUGGGACAACAAUCAUUCUGUGGGUGCCUCUCAUCUUAAUGUCUGUGGUGGAAACAGUGUUUUCCUUCCGCUGCUUCGCUGCCUGCACUUCAUUCCUUUACCUGUGUCCGUGCAGGAAGAGGCCGACCCAGGCCAGGAGGGUGCGUAUCCAGAGACCUGUUGAAACGCCAUCGCUUUCUCCAGCACCAGAUCCAGAUAGCGAUGCUGAGGCGGACCCUGAGGAGCCCGCCGAGCAGGAGGAGCUGCUGAAUGACACCACAGUGGCGCAGAGCGCGUGGCUCUGAAGCUCCUAAACCUAAUGACAUAGGUUGCCAACUGCCUGGCUAACCUGGAUAAAAUGAAACACUUUGUGAAGUUACUGUGUGGAGUGCUUCUGUUACAGAUCAAAUGUCUGAAAAAUACAUUUGUGGGACUUUAGCCAGCGAAGGCAUUAUUUUUCCCUGUGAUUAAAUACUGCUGUUGGAUGGUUUUAAGUUAUCAGAUUUGUGUGUUUUGAGUGUUGUCUUUAAAAUACAGAGUGAGGUCUCCUGUUUGUUGACAUUAAAAUGUUUUUUUAAAUGUG